UUUGUAGGUUCAUUUAGUUUAAUUUUUAUGUUAUUAUUUUGUGAUUUCGUCGGAAUCAGAUAAGGUUAUUUAAUUAAUAGAAGCCUUUUAACAUUUUCUUUAAACUUAGGUCGCAAUGGUAACGGUGCAGGAUACUUGCCGCCUUCUACAAGCUACGGUACUCCGGUCGGUCCAUCCAGACCUGUCUCUUCGUAUGAACCUCCAGCUGCAGGACCCCCAAGUUCGUCCUACGGAGCCCCACCCAGUUCUUCAUACGGUGCUCCUCCAGCGGCUCCACCGAGCUCUUCGUACGGUGCACCACCUAGUUCGUCAUACGGCGCUCCACCUGCAGCUCCACCGAGUUCUUCCUAUGGCGCACCACCAAGCUCUUCUUACGGAAGCCCACCGGCCCCUAGUUCCUCAUACGGAGCCCCAUCUAAUGGUGGAGGCGGCGGAGGAUUUGGAGGCGGUGGCGGAUUUGGAGGCGGUGGCGGAUUUGGAGGCGGUGGCGGAUUUGGAGGAGGUGGUGGAUUCGGAGGCGGCGGAGGAGGUGGUGGCGGUGGAAACGGCGGCGGUGGUCAAAGUUAUGCCAGCAACGGAGGAUAUGUGUAUUAGAGAAACCAGGUGUAGAAUUUUGUGUAUAUAUUUAGGUCUAUUUAUUUAUUAG